AAGAAAUAGGUGAAUCCACACCAGGCUGGACCUAAUUUGUAUGCUGAAGUAAGGUUUUUUUGUUUUUAUCCUAAGAGUAAGGUUUUGAGCAAGUGGGCAUACGAGGAGGAUGUAAUGAGAUUUGUGUUUAGAAAUGAUCACUGCAAAGUGGAAAAAAGAAUGGAGAGAAUAAAAGUGGAGUCAGGGAGACCAAUUAAGAGACUGCUAUAGCAAUCUAGAUGGCUCUGAGUAAAUCAAUGCAUGCAAGAAAUAGAUACAAGGACAAACCUCCUGACUUUGCAUAUCUGGCAUCCAAAUAUCCAGAUUUUAAGCAACAUAUUCAUAUAAAUCUGAAUGGAAGAGUGAGUCUUAAUUUUAAAGAUCCCGAAGCAGUCAGAGCUCUGACUUGUACUCUCCUAAGGGAAGAUUUUGGACUUUCUAUUGAUAUUCCAUUGGAGAGACUAAUUCCCACAGUUCCCUUGAGACUCAACUAUAUUCAUUGGGUAGAAGAUCUGAUUGGUCAUCAUGACUCUGACAAAAGUACUCUCCGAAGAGGAAUUGACAUAGGUACUGGAGCAUCCUGCAUCUAUCCUUUACUUGGAAGUACCUUAAAUGGCUGGUAUUUUCUUGCAACAGAAGUAGAUGAUAUGUGCUUCAACUAUGCAAAGAAAAAUGUGGAACAGAAUAACUUAUCUGAUCUUAUAAAAGUUGUAAAAGUACCACAGAAGACACUUCUGAUGGAUGCUCUUAAAGAAGAAUCUGAGAUAAUCUAUGACUUUUGCAUGUGCAAUCCUCCCUUUUUUGCCAAUCAGUUGGAAGCCAAGGGAGUAAACUCUCGAAAUUCUCGAAGACCUCCACCUAGUUCGGUAAAUACAGGAGGUAUCACAGAGAUCAUGGCAGAAGGAGGCGAAUUAGAGUUUGUUAAAAGGAUCAUCCAUGACAGUUUACAACUUAAAAAAAGAUUGCGGUGGUAUAGCUGUAUGCUGGGAAAGAAAUGCAGCCUUGCUCCUCUGAAGGAAGAACUUCGAGUACAAGGGGUUCCUAAAGUCACCUACACUGAAUUCUGUCAAGGUCGGACAAUGAGAUGGGCCUUAGCUUGGAGUUUUUAUGAUGACGUAACAGUUCCAUCACCACCAAGUAAGCGAAGAAAAUUAGAGAAGCCAAGGAAACCCAUCACAUUUGUAGUGUUGGAGUCUGUGAUGAAAGAAUUAUCCCUCAAAGCAUCAUCUUUGGGCUCGGGGACAGUGGAAGAAGGCAUAGUAGUUGUGACGACAUGGAUUGAAAAAAUCCUCACUGAUCUUAAGGUCCAGCAUAAACGAGUUCCUUGUGGAAAGGGGGAAGUUAGCCUUUUCCUAACAGCCAUAGAAAACUCCUGGAUUCAUUUAAGGAGAAAGAAAAGAGAACGAGUGAGACAAUUGAGAGAAGUUCCUCGAGCUCCUGAGGAUGUCAUCCAAGCCUUGGAAGAGAAAAAGCUCACCCCCGAAGAGUCUGGCAGUAGCCAAGAUUUGGCCCAGGGCCCCCCAGAGAGUGGGCCUGCUCUACAGGAAGGCGAGUCAGCCACUGUUGAGGGCCAUGGCCCAAUCCAGGAUUCGCUUUUCCAGGAAGGAAACCCAGGACCCAUGGAGGAUGAAAGGAGUGAGGAAAAGGGAGACAUGGAGGUCUUGGAAAGUUGUAAAGGCUCUAGCAAUGGAGCCCAGGACCGAGAGGCUUCUGAGCAGCUCAUCAACCCAGUGUCUGAAAAAGAGCACCCUCUCCAAGGAGUGGCUGGACAUUACCUUUUUAAGUGUUUGAUAAACAUUAAGAAGGAGGUAGAUGAUGCCCUAGUUGAAAUGCACUGGGUUGAGGGUCAGAACAGGGAUUUGAUGAACCAGCUUUGUACCUAUAUACGUAACCAGAUUUUCAGGCUUGUUGCCAGUUAACUCCAAACUUCUUGCACAGUUGGAAAAGUUCUAUAAAGCAGCUUGCUUGGAGUGGCCUGUGGGGUGGCAAGAGGAAUUCUACCAUGGGUCUAUUGGUAGCAUUAUGUGGAAUUACCUUUAAAAACAAAAACAAAUUAAUUCAUUUUUAGACCUCCCCCAACCCCCUUUUUUUAAGUUACAGGUCAUUGUAGUAUGGUAGUUCAGGAGGAAGAAUUGUGAUUAUCAGCAUCAACAAAAAGCCAUCAGAACACUCAUAAUGGAUUUAAACUGAUUACCUUAGCUUUAGACUGCUUCUGUGAGGCCAAAAGGAUUAUUUUUGGAACCUGGUCUGGGUCAGAACUGUACAGAGCAUCCUGCUUUCUCAUCCUCCAAAUGGAGGCAGUACACCUGGGCAAAUAGGCUCUGUGCCCUCUUCUAGUGUCACCUUGAAGACUGAAGACUUUCUCUGGGUACAUAUGAUUGACUGCCCCUGAGUCAGUCCUAGGAAAAGAACUGGCCUGAUGGUAGAUGGUGGGAGAGUCAGGGAGAGGAAGCUUAGUAAUGCCAGAAGAGGGGCUGAUCUGGGGAGUGCCUGGAAACGUCACAUUCCUGACUCAUGUCCGUUUUGAUGUUGCUUAUUCCAGAAACAAUUAGAUAAGCAAAACUCCCAGAUAUGAGUGACUGAGACACAACAGAAUGAAGCCAUACCCUUACCUCCAACCUGUUGAAAGUACUGUUUGUAGUAGUUUUACUAGUAUAUGACAUUUGAAAUGGAGCUUUGUUUUGUUUUUAAUAUAAGAGUAAUUCUGAAUUGAAAACUGUCCAUCCUGUUUGAAUCCUGGGGUUGGGGAAAUAUACUCUUGAGUUUGAAUGGGUGAAUGAUGAUAAAAAUAAGAAAUGGAGCAAGAUAGUUAUGUUGCCUAAAUUCUCAUCUAUUGGCAGAUCAGUUGUAGCUGAUCAGUUACUACUUUGGUGUUGGUUCCUUAGUAAUCCCCUCUGUACUUACCUACCUGUUAGCAUA